CAUGCCGCAGUGUCUGGUCCUCAAUGUUCAGACUGCGAGGCUAAAAGGGUUCCUUUCAAAAAGACUCUUCAAAACUCGACAGUUUUGCUAUAGCGAGAUGAAACAGUUCCACUCAAAUCGUAUUAGAGUUUCUCGUUUCUGGGCAACACCAGUUGUUGGUAGAGUGGCUCAGCAUGCUUUCCAGAGAGACAGAUAAACCCGUCUAGUUUUUCCCAAUGCCUUGCUGUUUAACCGUCAGCUAAACAAGCGGCGCGCUUUUUCAAAAUAGUCAUUUGAUCAGGCACCAGUGAAUUCUUCUACACUUCAAAAAAUUUACAAAGGACCUUAAAGUGGAAUUUCAGUCGUCACGGACUUUGAUAGUGUGUCUCAAGGGGUUGCCUGACAAAUGGGGAAAUGUUGAUCUCCGGCUCUUUAUAAUCACGUGUUAAUAGUUCACUUGCAACAGAAAAAAAAGCCCUGAAGCAGGACGCACACGUGGGUGACGUUCAGACCAACCAUCGCCAGAGACCCUUUUGUUUAGCCUCCAACAUAAGUACCUUCUGACUCUCUCCCUGCCGCAGUAUACACUGAACCCAGCAACCAAGAAAUCCAGGCAGAGCCAAGAAGAAUACACGAAAUGUCUCGAUCGUUUUACGUUGAUUCCCUGAUCAUCAAAGAUUCUUCAGUGAGGCCUGCUCCUGUCUUGAACGAUCACGGCCAAGACUUUUUGAUUCCCAUUAGCGUCCACUCUCCAACUAUGAUGUCGGUUUCUGGUCCCGUCUGUCCGUCCAGAAAGACGGGCACUUUCUGUGUCUGCCCUCUCUGUGUCACGUCCCACAUCCACUCGUCCCGGAGUGGAAUCCCGCUGCUGAAAAGCCAGUUCCCAAAUGGAGACCCCCAGUACUGUCAACGAAUCAACCAGCAGUCAAACCCUGGUCUCGGGCAUCCACCUGUUUGCACACCCACUUACAGCGUAACAGAUCCUAGGAGAUACCACUGUCUAACUGUGGGUACUGAAACCAACAGUCACCUCCAGAACGGCAAACGGAUGAGAACAGCUUUCACUAGUACGCAACUCUUAGAGCUGGAGAGAGAGUUCGCCUCCAACAUGUACCUGUCGAGGCUUCGCAGGAUUGAAAUUGCAACCUAUCUGAAUUUAUCUGAGAAGCAGGUUAAGAUCUGGUUCCAGAAUCGGCGCGUUAAACACAAAAAGGAAGGCAAGGGGACCCCACGAAACGCGCACAACGCCUGCAAGUGUAGCAGCCAAGGACACUGUCUGCGCUCAGAGGAUGAGGAAUCCCUCUCGCCUAUAUCAUCGGGCAAAGAAGACAAAGAUAUGUCACCUGCAUAGUGGUCAGACUUGCAAUGUUUAAAAGUUUACAGACUUGUUCAUUUCUGUAUUCCUUCAACGCACUUACUGUACUUCACUACUUGCUUAAGAUUUUCUAAAAAGGUCCCUUGGUGCAGCGUUGUUGCUGCAAUUGAUUGUGUGCCUGCUGACCGUCCUGGUGUGAUUGGAUUCAUUGUAGAAUUAAACCGAGAUGGAGCACGCAGCAAUUUCAUUUCCAUCCCGGGUCUCAAUAUAUUCACACAAUAUGGUUAAAAAUAGACAAACAUCAACCUCCCUUUGAGCCCAACAUAAUUUUGUUUGAAUCCUUCAGGAGCUAUUUUGCUCUGAAAGCAGUUGAAUAGCAAUAUUCGCGCAAUUUCUUUUAUAAAAAUAAAGUUAUCGAGCGUUCUGUAUAAAUAAUGUAUUUUCAAACUCUGACUUCUGUAAAACACAAAAAAGAUGCCUAUCUAAAUGCACCAGCCCAUUAAAAACAAUUGUAGGUCGAAUAGAAGAAACUGUAAAUAGCUAGCUGGUUGGUACAUUGCUGUAAAAUGUCACGGUUAAAGUUCACUUAUUGUGAAUAGUUUUAUAUGACACUUAUAUUUAUAUUUAUUUAAAAUAAAAUGUUGAUGUUUGAAGAAA